AUGGCUAAUGACGGUAUUACCAGGUUGUCGGAAGAGGAGCUCAAGGAGCCAUCGCCUACAUAUCAUGCCGCGUCGUCGCCGACUUUGUGGCCACGUCGACGGAAGGGUUACACCCCGUCAGUUAGCGCCGCGGCCGGCUACGUAGCACACUCCGCCGCUUAUAUUAAAGACUCUCCGGAUGGGAACUACAUCCUAUUACGCGAGUUCGACAUCGUGACAUACGUGAUUCACGAUGCCUGGAGAAUUAAUAUGACAGGAGAUUUGUUGGUUCCGUACGGCCCUACGAGCAGGGACCCGAACACAACGGCCGGUAGGACGGUGCCACUGCUGUUUGAAGACGGCGACAUAGAAUUCUCGGACUGCGCCGUUGAUGUCCCACCAGCGGGGUGUGACCUGUUCACCGACGUCUCCCAUUAUAUGAGAGAGUACGGAUUCUACAGUUUGACCCAGGAACCAUCGGUCUGGGGCGGGGAGACACCAUUCCAGGAUCCGGAUAAUGUCGGGCGUAUGCUAUCCAACCGGACAUAUGACUUAGACCACAUCCAGAAGUACGGCGCGUGUCAGCCAAACUCGGAUGUCUAUCAAUGGGGCUUUUCGUAUAUCCAAAUCUACAUAUUGAUAACUACCUAUGCUCCUCGUCUGGACGGUCGGCAUCUGGACGGUCACUGCGGUGAGGCGCCGAGGGGUUUGACAGCCCUCCUCCACCUCGCAUCAAAAAUGCAUAGCGAGCUUUCGGCAGCGGGUAUUGACCCCAAGUCCCUCACAGACGACCAGCUCAGGCUCGAGAUCGAUAGACGCGUCAAUGGCGGCAUGGUCUACUUUGAGUCCGACGCACCCGAGACCAAAUCGCCCGCCGACACCAUGGCCACCGUCGUCCCAAUUACGAGGAAAGCCGAAGCUUCGAUGGGCUGCUUCCUGUGGGAGAAGACGAAGGAGCUGAGAUGGCUCAUAUUGGCGUUCAUCGCGUACUUUGGGGCCAAUAUAUAUGGCAUCAUACUCCUCCCUUCCUGCUUUGGCUUGUAUGGUUUUGUCUUUGUGAAGCGGCUAAAAUGGCUGCUCUGGGUGUACCUACCUUGUUCGUGCAUUCUGAUAACUGUGACGAUCAUAAUGGCGCAAAUAAAGCCCGUUUGA